AUGUUUAUUGAGUUGUUUAUAAGUUUUAUUGCAGCUUGUGCUCAAUGUAAUAAUGUCACUGUUAUUCCUAUCGAUGAUUGUUGUCGUGGACUUGGAAUAAACCAAGCGUUUGAUACCAGUUAUGUCAGUGAUUCACCUAAUUUUUACAUGGAAAUCGAUAAUGUAGAUGAUGCAGAAGAAUGCUGUAAAAGAUGUUAUAAUGAGACUUUAUGUGUUAAUUUUGCUUAUGAACUUACACCAAAGUCAUGUUUUUUAUAUGGUGAUAGUGAACGUGGAUGUAUUCCUGCUUUUCUCAGACCAGUAUCUGAAAUUGAUAGAGCUUACGGCAUUAUUGGGAAUGAAAAGGACGAUCGCAAGGACUUCGAAUAUUUCAAAAAACUUGCUGUCAUGAAUGAUACUAGUGGAAUACUUACUUAUAGUUGGUGCUUGUUAUCUGGAGUCAUAAAGGUAAUUAUGG